AAUGCUGUUACGGGUGUGUAUAUCUUCAGACAAUAUUCGGCGGGUCAACCUUCCUUGUCCGCCAGAAUCUGUGGAUCGACUUAAGGAGAUUCUCAGAGAGAUGCUUGGACUGACUGAACAGUUUUCUUUGCAAUUUGAAGAUCCAGAGUUUGGGAAUGCUCUUUGUAAUUUACACAGCAUAGAUGAGUUGCCUGCGGACAAAGCAGUCCUAAAAGUUGUGUGGGACAACAUAGUCUCUAAUGAUACUACGACACCUCCAUCAGAUCUGUCCGACACAAACUCGGUGUCGUCACUUGACACAGCAAGCAUAUCUAGUCAUGAGAAUUUAGGUUCUCCAAACAUUUACAAAAGACUUAAAACAUCCAAAGAUUUGCCAUUGCCAGGAUCAAUUGAAAUUCCCAAAUUCUCCCUUGAUGUUGAGCUUCGUCUUAAAAAAGACAAUGAGAUAUACAGGCAGACCAAAACUCCCAUUGUCCCCCCAAGAGAAAUGAAAUCUGCCAUCUGUACCGCUUUAGUUGACUCCAUUUUUGUAUCUGGUUGCUACCCGGAAAAGCAAGAUAUGAAAUUUUACAGUAUGCUGCAGCACUAGUAGAAAAGCACCCAUGUCUCACAGAAGACGGUCCUGGAACCGGGUAUGAUGGAUGGAUUGUAAGCCUUUGGUUUAAAGUUGGGAACUACCGGAGUAAGUUACGUAAAGCAGGACAUGCAGAAGUGAGCGUGAACAAAAGACAACAAGAUUCAGAAGAAGGGGUGAGGUUUCGCCUCAAGAAAGCAAGAAGAGCAGAGGUAAACUUUUUACCACCCCAUCCCGAAGGCCAAUCUGAUGAAACCCUUGAUGACUUAAGACUACAAAUGAUUAAAGAAACCGAAAAGAAGAAGUUUGACAGCACCUUUGUUAAAGAAACGAUGGCUCUUACUUUUUCCUUCCGACGUCAAGAGGUGGUUGACAUUGAGCCUUUGGUCACAGUAUUGAGAGACAGAUGGCCUGCUCUGUUCUUCAAAGAUGAGAUUUGCAGCGAAUUCUACCGGAUCACCAACAUAGACCUCAUGGUGACAUUCCAGUCAUCGCUUGAAAAAUUCACUCCAGCAUUAAUGAAGUAUUACCGGAAGAAGAAGGAGCCUGCUGGAUCGGAGUUGACUGCACUGCUUGCUCCUCUGGACGACCAGGUGUCAGACAUCAUGGACCUUAGGAAAAGAGUAGCCUUGGAAGGACUGCCUCUCGUCCUAAAAGAAGAAUCUGGAUGCCUUUUUCGGAAGUGCUUGGAAACUGAUGCUGAAGAGAUCUACACAAGAAAUGUGAAGAUUGGCAUCCUCACAGUACUCGAAGAUGAUGUUGCUGUGAGGAAGUCUCUUCCAACAGUAAUCAACAUUGCCAUCAUCUUGGAAGAGACUGUGGUCCUAGAAGACAUUAAAGAUCUGCCAUCUGCUGUUGCAUACCUGUUUGGACUCUUGUAUGCCACAAACAUGGAAUACCCAAAGGAUCUUAGUUACACAUUUGAGGUGAUCCAGAAGGUAUUUGUGGAACUUGAUGCUCAGAGCUGCUCCUCUAGAGCGCUUUCUCUUCGACGUAAGCUUUACGAAUUGUUAAGAUAGGCUUCUGUCUGUUUGUCUGUCUAAACUUUGGAGGAACAUUGAUGGUAGAAACAUUGAUGGUAGAAACCAGUGCUGGCUGUUUAUUGCUUCACAUCUAACACUGAGUCACUAAGCAGAGGCAGAUAUAAGACAGAACGCUGCUACAACAAAAACACUAAAAUGCUACAAGCACCUCUAAAUGUCCGCUUAGACUGGCUUAAUGCUGGAUGUUCAUAUACCUGGCUACGUUGAAGGUAGGCCAAAUUACCUGAAGAGUUAGCCCCCUGUGUUCUAGUGGGGAUGAGAAAAUUUGGUGGUUCUAUGUGGUUCUGAUUGCUUUACAAGUGUUUGCCUGUGUGUCUGUCUGUCUCUAUUAUGUCUUUCUCCUAAUUGGCAGAUAGGGGAACAGUUACUCUCACGCAC